AAUCAAGUUCAAUAUUUUAUUUUUUAUUGAAAUAAAAUGCUACUACUUGGGAUCUGGUUGUUUUUCGGGGUUAGUCCUGCAUUCCUUGAAGCCUACCCUGUGCAAUCACAAGUCAACUUCCAGGAACGCAGUGCUCUCCCUGCUCACCUAUCCGAACCAGCCGAUUAUCCCGAUCUAACAAAUGGCCUUACCGACGAUGAGGUUCAGCUAAGCCUUGAAGAUCUUACCCUGGAUGAUCUAAACUCAUUGAACAAGCUGCUCGACGAGCACAUCAGUCGAAAUGAAAACGCCGACACAGACGCCAGUCUAGUAGCACAGAAAAGGCAGGCGAAGGUCACUAAACACACAAAGCAGCAAGUCCUUCAAUCCUCCGAAGAAGCAGCUGUCGAUGAUGGCUGCCGGGAUGACGAGGAUUUGGAUGAUACCAAGUCAAAUCAGUACACCAAGCGGACCACCUGCCAAACGACCACGCGUUGCGUUAAGAAAACCACCACUUGCGUUCCGAAAACCUCUAGAACGUAUGUCACUCCACGAACAUCAGAUAACUGCAAGCCCAAAUCGGGUGGAGGUAUGGACGAUGAUCUGAUUACUGAUACCACAAAAAGUCCGAGGCCAAUUAUAAAGAAGUACAAGAAGCCAACGGAUGACUUGGAAUGCGAUGCAAAUGAUUUCCUGUGCCACGCCAUGAAGCGGGGCAGAAACAAGGCGGCUAUGAGCAAUCCUCAAGAAGAUGGAGUGCAUGAGCAGCUGGGCGAGGGAAUAAUACCCGCUUUUAAUGAUCAGGAAGAACCACUUGAUGAAACUUUAAAUUUAGAGUUUCUUAAGACGCCCAAACAAGAGGUAAACUUGAAGCAAUCUGCUCAGCAAAAGCAACCGACUUACUUUGAGCUAGAAAAUGAUGCAAGCCUAGAGCAGGAUCAUCAAUCGGAAUUAGAGCUAGAGACUAACCCAGAGCUUGAAAAUCCAUCCAACCAGCAGAAGGAAAAUCAGAUCAGUUUAAAACAGCAACAAUCAAAUAUAAAGAAGAAUUAUGAGGCUAACUUAAAGGACUUAAAAAUAUAUAAUCAAAAAAAAGUUAGGCAGGAGCAUGAAGAAAACUUGAAGCACGAAGACAGGGAAAUAUAUAGUAAGGAUAAUUUGAAACAGGAAUAUAAAGUCAAAUUGAAACAAGAAGAGGAGGCUAAUUUAUACCAGGAUUAUCAGUCAAAUUUUGAGCGGGAUAAUUUGGAGCCGGAAAAUAUAGAGCAAUUAAAUCAGGAAGAUCAGGCCAAGUUUUAUCAAGAUUAUCAGUCAAAUUUUGGGCGGGAACGGGAACAACCCGCUAACUUAAAUCAGUUAUAUUUAAACCACGAACAUCAAGCCACCUUGGAUUUUUCAAAUCACGGUAAUUUUAGGGACGAAAAUCCGGCUAACUUUGACUUAGAAAAUCAGUAUAACUUUGAGCAAGAGCAGAAGAUAAACUUGGAUCUGGAUAAUCGGGCAAAAUUCGAUUAUGGAGAGCAGGCAAGUUUGCAUCAAGGAGAUCAGCAGAUAUAUCGGGACCAUAAAGUAUUGGAAAAUAAUAUGGAGGAAGUCAAACGGGUGGAAAGAGAACCAUUGGCAGAGGAACCAGCUCCUCUCGAUUCCAACAAAUGCUAUCAGCUCUCCAAUGUCGAUGAGAAAAAGCAGAUCAUUACAAAGGAAUCUUCCUUUGAUGGCCACGGUCAUAGUUUUAUUGCCAAUAAUGCACGCGAUCCGCCUCGCUAUUUAAUUCAAAUGCAGGACGAAUGCAUCCAAAGUGAAAACGAUCGUGGUGACCGUAGAUUACGUGAGGAUAGAAGCCAAAGCGAAGCAUUAAAUCUGGAAAAACUAGCUGAGGAGGACGAGGUCGGUCCAAUGGAGGAUUUCAAUUUAGAGGCGGAAUACAAAAGAAGCAAGCGAGAGAAUAAAGAAACUGAUGAUGCCCCCGAAAACUCCAAAGAAACAUACAUAAAGAAACUGAUGGACUCUUUCCCGCGAGAUCAGGGUGGACAGAUCGAUGACAACGCAGGGCUGAGAGCUUCCAAUCUUGCCCAUUUGCGCAUCAAGCGAAGUUGAGUUAUAUUUUGUUUCGUCUCAAUGAUUAAUUCAUUUCUGGCCUUGUAUAUUUUAUAAGCAACCAUAAAUUGAUAAUCCAGAAAUACGAAAUACUGCGUCUUUGU